AUGGAUCUGGUGGUUGAAAUUUUAGCAAGAUUACCGGUAAAGUCUCUUAUGCGAUUUAAAUGUGUUUGCAAAUUCUUUUAUGAUUUGAUAAAAAGUGAUAAUCAAUUCAUGGACAAACACUAUGAAAUUAGGAAAGCAAAAUCUGAUUGUGUUCUUUUAGAGAUGGGAUGGGAUGUUAGAGAAUAUUAUUUUCUUCACAGAGAAUCUGAGAGUAAUGAGAUUGGAUGCAUAUACCUAGACAUCCCAAUAAUGCCAAUACAGUGGGUUAAGUGUUGUCAAGGUAUGUUAUGUAUGAUUUCUAGCAAGACUGAUCUGACUAAACUUGAUGGUGUUGAUUACUUGGUUUACGAUAUUUUGAUAUGGAACCCAUCCAUUAGAAAAGUUAAAGCCUUACCCUCUAUUAUCUUCCCAAACAAGCUACCUAAGGGUGCACGUGUGACUCCUGAAUUUGGAUUUGGAAUUUCUAACAACAUGACUUGGAAGGUUGUUAUGCUCUUAGAAAUUCGUGAUAAAGGUGGGAGUUUUAGAAAUUUUGAUCAAAUCACAAUGGUUUAUAGCCAAGUUCCUGGUGAUUCAUGGAGUUUGAAACAAAUUAAUUCAGUUCCAUUUACUCCGCCCAAUCAAGGUUCCGGUAGGGAUUUUUAUUUAAAAGGAAGGUAUUAUUGGCUAGCUAAAAAUUACGACUAUUAUGAAAGUUACAAUGAACCGCAUGACAUAGAUGAUUAUAAACCUUACAAGCGACACUUGCUUUGGUUUGACAUGGAUGAUGAGGUUUUUGGGGAGAUUGAGCUGCCAUAUUUUGGUGAUUUUAGCAUUGCUUCCGUCACAAUUAUGAAUGAGACUAUUGCUUUACUUGUAAAUCCAAUUAUGGGGGAUCGUGAUUGUAUUGAGAUUUGGUUAAUGAUUAAAAAUGAUAGCAAUACUUAUUGGCAUAAACAAGCAUCCGUUGUAAACACAAAUUAUCGUGAUUCUUGUAAAGCAAUAGGAAUUUGGAAUUUGGAUAGUCAAUUGCUUGAGCUUCCAGAUGGAAUAGGUACGUGGGAUCAAGAUGCUUGA